UUACCCUCUGAGCCGUCUACGUUAAGCAGACUAGGGACAUUAAGAACGAAGGCUUUAGUCGGUCGUGUACUCCUCUCGACGACUCGAAUUUUCCCAAGAUUUCAAAUUCUCCAAAUCCAAAUUGAUGAUCCCACUCUUCCACAGAUAUUGAAAAGCCCUAAUUUUUUUGUUGAUCCUUAAGAAACAAAAAAAUCGCAGAUGGGUGCGAGCGAAUUUCGUUUCUUCCUCUCCUGCGAUAUCAAUUCGCCCGUCACUUUUCGUAUCGAGAAGCUUGAUGGUAACCUCCCCGUCAACAAAUCUACUGAUUCGGGAGUUGUCACAGUCGCAGAGGAGAAAAAACCAGAGCUUUACAUUGAGUGUGCAUUGUCUAUUGAUGGAGCUCCUUUUGGCCUUCCUAUGAGAACAAGAUUGAAAACUACAGGACCACCAUACUGCUGGAACGAACUCAUUACUCUAAGUUCUAAAUAUCGGGACUUGACUGCUCAUUCACAACUUGCUAUCACUGUAUGGGAUGUUUCGUGUGGUAAAACUGAGGGACUGAUUGGUGGGGCAACAGUCCUUCUUUUUAAUAGUAAAGGGCAAAUGAAAUCAGGAAAGCAGAAGCUCAGGCUCUGGCAGGGGAAAGAAGCGGAUGGUUCAUUUCCAACCUCUACUCCUGGAAAGGUUCCACGGCAUGAGCGUGGGGAGCUGGAGCGUUUGGAGAAGCUCAUGAAUAAGUAUGAGAGGGGGCAGAUCAAAAGCAUUGAUUGGCUGGAUCGACUUAUGUUGAAAUCCUUGGAUAAGAUCAAGGAACAGGAAAGCUCCAAACAUGGAAGCUCACAUCUGUUCGUGGUUAUUGAUUUCUGUAGUUUUGAGCAUCGAGUCGUAUUUCAGGAGUCUGGAGCCAAUUUGUUCAUAACUGCCCCAAUUGGUUCAACAAACGAAUUUGUUACCGUCUGGGAUACAGAACUGGGAAAGACUAAUCCUUCAGAGAACAAGCAACUAAAGCUGGCAAGGAGCUUGGAUCGUGGCAUAAUUGACAGGGAUCUCAAGCCAAGCAAUAUCGAGCGGAAAUCCAUACAAAGAGUUCUGAAAUAUCCGCCAACAAGGACACUGAGUGGAGAUGAAAGACAACUUCUUUGGAAGUUUCGUUUCUCUCUAAUGUCUGAAAAGAGAGCUCUAACAAAAUUUCUUCGGUGUGUGGAGUGGAGUGAUGUUCAGGUAAGUGAGUCUGGAGCCAAUUUGUUCAUAACUGCCCCAAUUGGUUCAACAAACGAAUUUGUUACCGUCUGGGAUACAGAACUGGGAAAGACUAAUCCUUCAGAGAACAAGCAACUAAAGCUGGCAAGGAGCUUGGAUCGUGGCAUAAUUGACAGGGAUCUCAAGCCAAGCAAUAUCGAGCGGAAAUCCAUACAAAGAGUUCUGAAAUAUCCGCCAACAAGGACACUGAGUGGAGAUGAAAGACAACUUCUUUGGAAGUUUCGUUUCUCUCUAAUGUCUGAAAAGAGAGCUCUAACAAAAUUUCUUCGGUGUGUGGAGUGGAGUGAUGUUCAGGAAGCAAAGCAAGCAGUUCAACUGAUGUACAAAUGGGAAAUGAUAGAUGUAUGUGAUGCUUUGGAGCUAUUGUCUCCUCUAUUUGAGAGUGAAGAGGUUCGAGCUUAUGCUGUUAGUGUAUUGGAAAGAGCUGAUGAUGAAGAGCUUCAGUGUUACUUGCUUCAACUUGUUCAGGCUCUCCGUUUUGAACGCUCUGAUAGAUCUUGCCUUUCUCAAUUUCUUGUCCAACGGGCAUUACAGAAUGUUGAGUUGGCCAGUUUUCUCCGUUGGUAUGUCGCUGUGGAACUUCAUGACCAUGUCUAUGCCAAGCGAUUUUACAGCACAUAUGAGUUACUCGAGGAGAACAUGAUCAAGCUGCCGCCUGGGGAUAACGGAGAAGAUGGAUACAAAUUGUGGCAAAGUUUGGUGCGUCAAACAGAAGUGACUGCUCAGUUAUGUUCCAUUACACGAGAAGUGAGAAAUGUUCGUGGAAAUACCCAGAAAAAAAUUGAGAAGCUCAGGCAGCUUUUAGGUGGACUCCUUAGCGAACUCACCUACUUUGAAGAGCCUAUUCGAUCACCACUUACCCCUAGUGUUAUCAUAAAGGGGAUUGUGGCAGGAGAAUCAACACUCUUUAAAAGUCAAAUGCAUCCUCUGCGCCUUACUUUCCGAACAGAAGAUGAAGGAAGUUGCAAAAUUAUAUUUAAGAAGGGAGAUGAUCUCCGGCAAGACCAACUGGUUGUGCAGAUGGUUUGGCUCAUGGAUAGACUGCUUAAGCUAGAAAAUCUUGAUCUGUGCCUAACGCCCUAUAAGGUGUUAGCAACUGGACACGACGAAGGAAUGUUGGAAUUCAUACCAUCCCGUUCUUUGGCUCAGAUUCUCUCAGAGCACCGCAGCAUAACAAGUUAUCUGCAGAAGUUUCAUCCUGAUGAGCAUGCGCCUUUCGGGAUAACAGCCACUUGUCUUGAUACAUUUAUAAAAAGCUGUGCUGGCUAUUCUGUGAUUACAUAUAUACUUGGGAUUGGAGACAGACACCUGGACAACCUCCUCCUUACAGAUGAUGGUCGUCUUUUCCACGUUGAUUUCGCUUUCAUUCUCGGUAGAGAUCCUAAACCAUUCCCUCCACCUAUGAAACUCUGCAAAGAGAUGGUGGAAGCCAUGGGCGGAGCAGAGAGCCAAUACUACACAAGGUUCAAAUCCUACUGUUGUGAAGCAUACAAUAUUCUCCGGAAAUCGAGCAACCUUAUCCUGAAUCUGUUUCACCUCAUGGCGGGUUCUACUAUCCCUGAUAUAGCUUCAGACCCGGAAAAGGGCAUUCUCAAACUACAAGAAAAGUUUAGGCUUGAUAUGGACGACGAAGCAUGCAUCCACUUCUUUCAAGACCUGAUAAAUGAAAGUGUAAGCGCGUUGUUCCCACAAAUGGUUGAAACUAUACACAGAUGGGCUCAAUACUGGCGUUGAAACCAACAGAGUUUAACUUCUACCGUGUUAACACAUCAAAAAUUUGUAGAUGCAUUUACUUUCCUCACGUGAAUACACCAGAAGGUUUGAUUUCUGUUCUUUGCUUUUACACCCACUUUUAAAACUGUAUCUGUAAAUAAUCUCUCGUUAACCUUGAAACUUAAUGCUUGGACAUCUUUCGAUAAUUAUGAAACGGCCCCAGAUAUUUUGGA